ACCAAAACACACGGCCUCAAUUUGUUAUCUCGUUCGUCGCGGUAGUCCUGUUUCAACUACCGAACGAAACACAAUCCAGCAGUACUCGUCGGAAGAACAAUGGAGUGUGCCGGAAAAGGGAGCCGAACGCCGUGCUCUGGACCGGCCACCAGGCGCUGCGGACGCUGCCAAGCCGUUGCGUACUGCUCAAUCUCUCACCAGGUUUCACAUUGGAGUGUUCAUAAGGAGGAGUGCGAAAGGCUGGAACAACAAAUGGAUGACGCUGAUGUUAUUAGUGAUUUCCCUUUCACAUUCACCGAAGAAGCUACUACGAAGGUGUUUGACCGCAGCCAAUCAAGGUGUUCAUUCUUGGAAACUCGGGGAGUUCACCGCCUGGGGAUGUGGAUGUGGGAGUGUGCAUGUCGGCCAAAAGUUGAUUCUUUAGAUGUAUUAAGGCAUAGUGAAGGAUGGAAUCUUUCAAGCAUACUAUGCCCUUGCAAAGGGCCAUCCUCACCAAUGCUGAAGUGUAUAAGUAGCUGGAAAGAAUACUACGAAUGGAGGUGCAUCCCACUAAAUUCUCCUGUUGCAUUACUUCUUCACUGGCCACUAACAGUGUAUUGGGCCAUUCAACUUGCAAUCAUGAGAAACCUAGUUUCUGAACUUGAGGGUGGUGAACUUCACAUACAUUAUCUAGGUCCAGAAAAAGAGCUUUGCCAACUUGCUGUCUUUGGCGAAUUGCAUGCACUUCUCCCUGGAGUUAAGAUAGACAUAUAUUUUGUUGGAAAUAAAGUUCCACUGGACAGGGAUGGUGACAAAAUUGGGCUUUACAGUUACUGUCGUUGCAUUGAGGCAGACUGUGAAUGCAAAUCUAUGAAUUCUAGUUUUGGAUCAUUCUCACCCACAGAUAAAUCUUGUCCAGUGACGUUACAUCUUUAUGCUGGUUAUUAUCAUGAUCGUUACAGAGAUCUAUCAAAGGAGUCUUCCCCAAGUAUAAUUAUUGCCCCAAAUGCUGGUAUUGCUGCUUAUAGGAGCUGGUUACCAACAAUAGAAUUGAUAAAGAAGAUUAAAGCUCCGGCGAUUUUCUCUGAUUAUUGCGAAGAAGCUUGUUGUCUAGCAACGAGUUGUUUAAGCUCAGUAACUGGCUCCGAACCAAGCUUUCCUAUUCAGUUAAAUCCCUUCAGGCAACCCCUUGCAGUUGAAGACAGUGCUCUGUGUAUUCCUUGCCACUCCAAUUGUUUUCUUUUUGGUAUCUGAAAAGGUAAACGCAACACAGAGUACCGAGGUUGCUUCAGAAGCACAUUCUCCAUCUUCUUUGUUCUUAUGUCACUGUGGUGAGGCAGCAAAGGUACGCGUCUCACGCCAACCUAUUUUGUUUGGGAGGAAACUCUACUCGUGUCGUACUUUGCUAAAUUUGCCCAAUGGUAAAAUUUGGAGUUUGCGAUUUCUUUGAAUGAAAGUGUGGCGCUUGGCUUUACUAUUUGUGUUUGUUGUGCUAGUGUAUAGAAAGUGGCCAUAUUAAUAUGUUACUAUAUUGAAACGACAAGCCCAUCCGCUUUAUGUUGUGUAAUGAAUAAGUGGAUGACAAUCGUAUAAUAUAAACUGCAUUUGUGGUGAACAUAAACAACAUUGAGUUGAAGCGUAUAAUAUAAACUGCAUUUCAGG